AUGAAUAUACCAAUUACCGAGACACUCAAAAAUGAAGAGAAUAAUAUCAUAAAUAACAAUAAUAAUACAAACCCAAAUAAAUCAUUAGACAAAAGCACCAACGCUAGCAUUGAUAGCAUUAAUAAUAGUAAUAAUAGUAACAAUAAUAAAAAUAACAAUAGUAAUAAAAGUAAUGCUGAUAGUUAUGAUGAUGGGGAAACAGUAGUUGUGACAAUUAAUAACCAACCAAAUCAAUCAUUCAUAGACAGUUUUAUUGAAAAAGCUAAUAUUUCAGAAAUUCCAGCAAUUUCAUCACAAAAUAAUUCCACAAUUAAUAAAGAUGACAGCACAAUAAAUAAUAUAAGUUUAAAUAAUUCUUCAAUGAUAAAUACAAAUAAUGAUACAAAUAAUAGCAAAAUAAAUAAAAACAAUGAUAAUAAUAAAAAUAAAAAUUUAAUUUCAAAAAUUCUUUCUUCAAAUGAUGGAGGUGGUGACGAAGAGGAAGAGGGGGAAGAAGAAGAGGAAAUGACAGGUUACAACUAUCAGAAUGAAGCUAUAAAUGACGAGGAAGAAAGUGAUGUUAAUGAUGGUAGUGAGGAGUAUGAGGUUGAGGGCUAUGACGAUAAUGAAGAAGAGGAAGAACAGUAUGGCGAGGAAGAAGAAAAUAUGGAAUAUUACGAUAAUUCAGACGCAUAUAUAUUUCAAAUGAAUGAAAUUGAACAACAAUUAGAAAACGUUAGAAGCCAAUAUGAACACUUAGAGACUAUUUCAUCAAUGAUUUCAGAAAAACCAUCAGUUAUUUUAAGAAAUCAUGUUUAUGCAACAAGCGAAGUGGAUAGCAGCAGCCAACAAGAGUAUGAUGAUGCCGACGACGAUGAGCUGUACCAUUAUCAACAACAACAACAUCCACAGAAUAGUUAUGAUCAAUUUAAAGUUCAAUUCCACCAAAAACAACAACAACAGCAGCAAUUGUAUCAACAAUCAACUCAGUUACAGCAACCGCUUAGAUUUAAACAAAAAUUAGGUUAUGGAAAUGGCUCAAAUAGAAAUAAAUUACAUUAUUAUGAAAUUGAUGAGGAGGAGGAGGAGGAAGAUGACGAAGAGGAGGAAGAAGAAAGCCAACAAAAUAACCCUCGUCAAUAUCACAGUGAAGAAUUUUAUGAUGAAGAGGAUUUAACAGACCGUAUUAAUUGGUUACCCCAUGCUUCUGGUAUCAACAGCACCAUAAAUAAUAGUAGUAAUAGUAACAGUAAUAUAAAUAAUACUAAUAGUAGCAGCAGUCCAUUAAGACCAUUCUCUUCAAUAAGAAAGAAAAUGAUUGAUAAAUCGAAAAACUCACCAUUUGCUCUUGUUGGUUAUGAUUUAACUGAUGAGGAUGAAGAUCAAAGCUUUGCAACAUGGGAACAAAAUUUACCAAACAAAACUCAGCAGGUUGAUAAAAAUACCCCCUCAAAAAUUGUAUCACCAUCACCAUCACCAUCAUCUCAACAACAGUCAAUACAAACACCACAACAAUUAAAAGCACCACAAAGCAUUACACCCAGCAAAGAAAAUUUAGAAAAUUACAAAAGAAAUUCAAUUGGUGGUUAUAUUACAAAUUUAAUUACACCAAAUAAAAACAUUCAUAAUAAUGGAGGCUUUAAUAAUGAUUCAACACUUUCAGUUAGUAGAGAGAUUGAACAAUCUAUAGAGUCAUCAAUAUUAAAUAAUCCAGGUUAUGAUCAAAUUCCUUUCCCUCAUAACCACAAUAACCAUGAUCAACAUAUAGCACCACAUCAUUACAUACAUCAUAACCAUCCUCAUAAUCAUCCACAAAUGCAACCACAAUAUUCAAUUAAUAAUCAUCUUCAAUAUACACCAUUAAAAUCACCCUAUCAAGAUGUUCAACAAUAUGGUAGUUUUUUUGCAACAUCUUCACCAUCACCAUCUAUCAAUAAACACCAAGAAAGCCCAGAUGUUAAUAGUAAUGCGCUUCAUGCGCUUGAGGGAAAAAGAUUAUUGGCCCAGGUCAAUAAAUUUUUGGAUGGCUGUUCAAUUCAAGAUAUCACAUUUAUGAAUUUAAUUUUCAAACAAUUGGCAUCAAUUAAAUCUUCAGUAACUUGGGAAAAAACUUUAUAUUCUAUUCAUGAUUUACUUCAAAGUGAAAGAGUUGUACAAUUAUUACAAUUACAGAAAAAACUAGUAGAGCAACAACAUGAAUUACAACAAAGACACCAACAUCAACAAACUUAUCAACAACCAACACAACCACAACACUAUCAAUAUGGUCAACAG